GACCUGCAGGGCGGAAGGGCUGCUCGGGACGUACGGCUGCUGGUCGUGUUGGUCGUUGGUCUCUGCGCGGACGUCUCUCCAUGAGUGGAAUGGUCGGCAGGGACACAGACAGCUCCUGCACGGCGGAACAAAGACCAAAACAAGUGUGGCUUGCAUUCAGUGGCACACGGGGGCCGGUGGUGACAAGACCUGGGCGCGCUGUUCGCCAGCCUGACCGGAACUCGCCAGAACAACCAUGCGAUGCUUGCCUUUGUUACGGCUCGUGCCUCUAAUGUUACAAGCUGUGCUGUGGAUUGCUGACUUGCAGGUGUCGUCACUUGCCUCCCCCUUGCACGACUUUGGGAGGCAUGUGGAAGAAGAAAUGGAGGAAAGUGACAACACCAGUCGCCGAUACAUCCGCAACUACCAGUUAUACUCGAGAAGUAGCCGUAAGCACCUGCAGAUAUUCGGCAAGAGGGUAGACGCGCUAGGAGAAGACGGCUCAGAAAACGCUGAAGUUAUUGUUGAGACGGACACGUUUGGAAGUCGCGUGAGAAUCAAGGGCGCAUCAUCAGGAUUUUAUCUAUGCAUGAACGCCCGAGGAAAACUGAUAGGAAAGAGACGAGGAAAGUCGCGAACGUGUCUGUGGAAAGAACUUAUUGAUGAGAACAAAUGGACGGCUUUUGAGUCCGUGGAAUUCCCUGGAUGGAAUGUUGCAUUUAACCGCAGAGGAAGACCCAGGAGGGCAACAAUGAUAAAGCGGGGAAAGGAAACUCAGUUUAUGAAAAGGCUUCUGCCGAGAGACAAGGUUACACCAAACAAACCCGAAUUCGACUUUUCUCAUUUGACGACACAAGUGCAACACAGGAGAAGACAUUCGCAGCACACGCCUUUGUACCCGUACCAGUAACGCUCGGACCCGAUGGCACGUGGGUAGACUAUUUUUUUACGAAGUCUAGAAGAGUUUGACUUUAUUUUUGUACUAUGCCGAGAUGUAGACACAAACAUCACAAUGUGACAAUUGCUUCUUCGUAUUGCCAGAUGUUUGAACCAAAAAGUAUUUUCCAGUCAAGCCAUUCAACAGGUUGCUAUGAAAACAGAGGUACGGCCAAUAUCAACUAGCUCAAGGAGGAACAAACCCCAGCGACCUCACACAAGCAAUUUCCCUAAGCUAUGUAUCAUGUUAAUGUGGGACUUAACUGUUAGUCUAACGUAACUGUUAGAUCCCACAGUUACAACCCAUUAUCCUCGUGUUUUCUGACAGCUUUAAAAUAUUGGUACAAUUUCCAAAUGGUUUUACCUGCUAAAACGUGACUACAAGAAGAUAAUCUCACUAAUCUCCCGUGCUCAUAUUGCCAAUAAACAGACAGAAGUAAAGAAAAGCUUUGUCCUGGAUCCAAAAGAUGGGAAAACUCUACAGAUGCAUGCGACUGGGUGGUCUGAUACUAUGAAUGCCCCUUAAAUGCACCCUAAGGGUCUUGGGUUGGAAAUUUUGAUAAAUUACCCCAGAAGUGACAGCGGGCUUCUUGGAGGGACAGGUAGGGCAUCGUUGAACCAUAUCCAUGUUUUUAUUUAGGACCUCCUUAGAUCUAUUCACUGAGCACGUUUUGUAAGCCUCAAUGGAUGCAGUGGACGAUUUAAUGUUACUUUUGAAAAUUUUCUGCAAAAUGACCCUUUUGAAAAUAUGGUCGUCAUCUGCUGCAUUUGUUUUCGCGGGUAUUCGCUACAAUUGAAGGUCUGUCUUUAUUGAAUGAAUUGGAAUCAUAAAUUUGGGGACACAUUUCAAAUUGUUUCCCACAACAUCGCCUGUCAUUGUUUUGAGAAAUUACCAAUGACCUUGUCCAAUAUCUGAAAGCAGCAUUUGCUCAUUAUCCUCCGAUUUUGCAUCACGUGUAAACAUCAUUGACAAUCACGUAAAUAAAUUACUAAUAAAAACGAAAUUUGAUCAAAAUCAAAAGAAUGAUACAAGUGGUUGGGGACUUCAUGGGUUUUGUUGAUUUGGCCAUACCACUGUUUACUGUGAUAGAGAUAAUGCACCGAUUCUAUGUGUGCACAGAACCAUCUAUUAUUGUGGUGAACCGCUAACGUUGUCGUGUAAGAAGCAGGUAGUUCCGUUGACUUCUCCUGUAGCAAUAGCUCCCAGCGAAGACGAUCUAUUUGCCUCUUUAAGAAUUAAUUUAUAACUAUGUCAAAAUAUAUUUAUUUUUACAUAUCUGUAUCAAAAUACAGUGAAAUGUGUAUAUAUAUGUCAUAUCAUGUGUAUUUGACACUUAUCGAGAAUUUGAGAUGUUAAAUAUCGUGUACCGUAAUGUAUAGUUCUUUUAAGCGUUUUCCUUUGUUGUUUUAAAUACAAAGAAUUGUGUUCCUGAACAUCUGA